ACAUCAUUUGCAAGAAAUAGUUUUUUCUACGGUUUUUGCUCUUUUUUCAACUAUUUCAGAAAUUCAACUGAUUCUCUUUGUGUCUAAGAAAAUUGGAAUGAUAGUUUUAGCAGUUGAACCUAAAUAUAGCAGCCCCGAUGUCCAUUGCGGUUGUACAUUUUCGGUUUGAAAUCUCGGAUGAUUGCCCACUUCCUGAAAACUUCAGCCUUGCAACUUCAGGUUGGCCCACAAAAUCAGUUUCUUGGUUCGUGAUGAGUUCUGAAUUAGAUGAUGAGGCUAAGUCCUACUCCUAUGCUCAUGCUGUCACACCUGGGGAUGGAGGUAACAAGAUGUCCCACGAGGAACACCAUCGAGGCAAACGGGUCAACAAGACAUUUGAAAUAGAGACAAUGUCUUUGGAAACCAUGCAAGCAGAAGCCUCAGGAACAGUUAGAUUGGAGAAAAAACCAAAGGAGCGAAAUGUUGAUGAUGGCCUAAAAAAGGGCCUGUCUGAAGAGGCUUCUGAUGACGAAAUAGCGAGGCUAAGUGUUCAGGCAGACGACAAAGGAUCUUUUGGGAUUUGUGAUGUUGGAGAGAAUGAAGAUGUCAUCAAGAGUUACAAGAAAACUGUGUCCAGCUCAGCUGUCCCAACUACUUCAGAAGCUAGAGCUUCACCAUCGGAUAAGAGCCGGUCACUCACUCCUGCUGGGUGUUCAUCAAAUGCUUCAGAUGAGGGAAGUGGAUCCAGGCCAGGCAGUGGAAAAUUACGUCAGAAAAGUCAUAGUCCUACUCUGUCUAAUAAUAUUAGGUUUUUCUCCGGGAAUCCCAUCGUUGAGACUACGGAGGGCAUUAUGCAUCUUUACAAGGAAAAUAAUCUGACGUCACUAGAGAAAGGCUUCCACAGACCCGAUAUGAUCUGCAUGCUGGCUGUUCCGCCAGCAAUGACUGUGAAGGACCUGAUGCAAUUUAUAGCCCCUGUCAUGCCCGGCAUAGAGCAGAUGAAAAUAAUUCGGGAUUCCACGCCCAACCAGUAUAUGGUCCUGAUUAAAUUCAAAGCUCAGGAAGAUGCUGACGAGUUCUAUAUGACGUACAACAAUGUAAGGUACAACUCGAUUGAACCUGAGAUAUGUUACCUGGUGUACGUUGCCAGUGUCGAGGCGCUCAAAACAUCUGAGGGGGCAUGUUUUCCUAUUCAAGAUUUGACAGAAUUGCCAAAUUGUCCUGUGUGUUUGGAACGAAUGGACGAAUCAGUUGAUGGUAUUUUGACGAUUUUGUGCAAUCACACAUUCCAUGGGGGCUGUCUUUCUCAGUGGCACGACACAAGUUGUCCGGUAUGCCGAUAUCUCCAGACGCCGGAGGGAAUGGCUCAGAAUAUCUGCUCAGAAUGUGAAACGCAAGAGAGUUUAUGGAUUUGUUUGAUAUGUGGUCACAUUGGAUGCGGGCGGUAUCAAGGUGGCCAUGCCAGAAGCCAUUAUGAAUUGACCCAGCAUACUUAUGUGAUGCAGCUGAGUAACAGUAGAGUGUGGGACUAUGCUGGUGAUAAUUAUGUGCAUCGCUUGAUACAGAGUAAAGGUGACGGGAAGUUAGUCGAAUAUAACGAAGGCGGCGGAGUCGACCAGGAUGAAAAAAUGGAUUCCAUCACAUUAGAGUACACCUAUUUAUUGACGAGCCAAUUAGAAUCCCAGAGGUUAUAUUUUGAAGAGAAAAUGACGCUAUUAGAAAAAGAAGCUGAAUCUCGGGGUCAGGAAUAUGAGGAAAAGUUCAAAAAGGCCAUGGAUGAAUGCAACGAACGAGAAAAGAGACUAACUAUUGUUCAGAGAGAGAAGCAGGGUCAGGAGAAAAAGACUACCCAGUUGAGUAAAAAGAUUGACAAGCUGACACAUGAGCUGCAAGAGGAGAGGGAGAUGAAUAAGAAUCUGCUCCAGAAUCAGAAAGAAUGGCAGGACAAACUGUCGGACACUCAGAAGAAAAUAGCCUUAAUUGAGAAAAGGAAGGAUGAGGAAAUCAAGGACCUGAAAGAGCAAUUACGUGAUGUCAUGUUCUAUCUCGAAGCUCAACAAAAGAUCGCCGGCACAUCAGCAGCAACUCAAGAGGAGAUUCAAGACGGACAAAUCAUUGUUGGGGAGCAGGGCCAACAGGGGGCAACCGGGAGGUCUAGUGGGCGGAGGAGUAGGAAGGGACAGCGGUGAUGACAUUCUAGAGAAAGGCCUGGACAUUGUUGGGGAGCAGGGCCAACAGGGGGCAACCGGGAGGUCUAGUGGGCAGAGGAGUAGGAAGGGACAGCGGUGAUGACAUUCUAGAGAAAGGCCUGGACAUUGUUUGGGAGCAGGGCCAACGGGGCAACCGGGAGGUUUAGUGGGCAGAGGAGAAGGAAGGGACAGCGGUGAUGACAUUCUAGAGAAAGGCCUGGACAUUGUUGGGGAGCAGGGCCAACGGGGCAACCGGGAGGUUUAGUGGGCAGAGGAGAAGGAAGGGACAGCGGUGAUGACAUUCUAGAGAAAGGCCUGGACAUUGUUGGGGAGCAGGGCCAACAGGGGGCAACCGGGAGGUCUAGUGGGCAGAGGAGAAGGAAGGGACAGCGGUGAUGACAUUCUAGAGAAAGGCCUGACCAUUGUUUGGGAGCAGGGCCAACGGGGCAACAGGGAGGUUUAGUGGGUGAAGGAGCAGGAAGGGAAAGUGGUGAUAUCAUGCUUUGCUCUUUAUAAGCGCAAGAAUUCCGUAAAAAUCAUAUCUUCAUUUUGAGGAGGUGACCAUUGGCAACUUAUUUCAUCGAUAUGUCACCAGACUGACUAGGAUCCUCAUGGCUAUGCCUUUUGUCCAGUUCACUCAACCUCUGCUUCAUGUAAUAUAAAGCUUUCAUCAGCAUGAUCACUUGCUGCAAGUGGUUACUAGUAAAAAAUUUAUAAUAUUGAUAUGUCUUGGUAAAACAUAAGUCCUCUGGAAAUUAUAUCCUGUUCCUCUGUUGGAAUACCGAGUGUGCCAUCAUUUUUGUGAUGCUUGUACUUUACCACUACUUACUUUCGAAGAGAAUCUCACCCUACCAUGUGAUCAUGUAUAAAGUGAAAUGAUUAAGAUAAUAAGUCUCUGUACAACCACUUUGUGGGUUGGCAGGAUUGCUAUACAUGUAGCUCGAGGCCUUCUUCAGUGUAUUGUCAUUGUGUGUUGGUGGCAUAGGCAGUAGGCUGUAUCCAGCAGUGCUUUGCCUGCACGUGAGCAGUUUUUGCUGACCUGAGUCAUUAGGACUCGUAGACGUUGUUGUUGUUGGACUACAUGGCUUCAUGGUUGACGGAGACUGCAGAGUCCGUAUGCAACUGAAAAUACUAGUUAUCAACGGGAAGGGACAACAUGAAGAUAUAACUGGUAGGACUUGUCAGAAAGGAUUAUUUUGGAAGAAGUUUGGACACAAUGGGUGAUAUGAAUAAAGACUAGCAAAUGCUUUUACUCCGGUUUUGUACAGGAAGGCCUAGUGUAAAUGUACAUGGAGAUUUAGAUAAAAGCAUUUGCUAGUCUUUAUUCAUAUCACCCAAUGUUGUUACAUGUACUUGAUGUGCAUUUCUCUGAAAUCGUGUUCAUUUGUGCAUA